UCUCAUCGGCUCAGUUCCGUUGCCUCCCCACCCCUUUCCCCCCGUGGCUGUUUCAUUUCACAAUCGCGUUUAAACGCCGACAAUUUUCCGCCUUAACGUUCGCAUACUAACUUCGCGCAUUCAGUAGCCCGAAGUAGACCGCCUAACUUGCGAUCCCUCUUAAACCGUUUUGCAUGAAAUUAGACGUUUCAUCGUUGUCGACCGACCGCAGCUCCUGGAGGGAAGUUCAUUCUCUUGAUUACUUAAGAGAAGCACGAGAGGGAUGAUCACAGUUUCUGCCUUGUUUCUAUUUAUUGUCGAGUUUGUUCUGUAAUUAAGAUUCUUGGGGACCGGUAGGUGCACGUUGAUCUUGAAAGUUCUUCAUUUGAGCCACUACCUAAAAGUGGAGAUUAAUAAUCGCUGAUGAGCAUUAAUUGUCAUUCAUUAUCAUCGUUUGUGUUCAUUUGUUACUUCAUGGUUGACACACUUACUCUGCAUUGAUCUUUUUGGCACCUCUCGACCUAGUAUAUGUGGGUCAAUUAUAUCUAAAAAUGUUUGAAAAAAAUUUAUAUACCUCUUCUUUGAACUUUCUAAAAACCUAGAAUAAUAAAUUUGAGAAAUAAUUUGCUUAAAAAAAUAUAUCGUCAUCGUAAAUAUAUGAAGUAGAGAAUUGAUUCUCUUAAAAACUGCACGGACAAUGAUGGCCCAAUACAGUGUAAGUGUUAACAAUAUUUUUAUUAUUAAAAUUAAUGUUUUAUGCACGAUCCAUCGUUGCCUCGAAGAAAUCUCAGGCACACCCCGAGCUGAAGGCGACCUCGGUGGGUGCCGCGGACGCGAAAUAAAUCCCGCGGCCGUUUACAAAGUUGCCACCUCGCGCGCGAAUGCAUAAGAUAUUCAGCCGAGCUACGCUUCGGACUUCGGCCGAGAGUUCUUCUGACGUCGCUUUAUGCGACGCGUUUCUCAAAUCGGCGAGGAACGCGGUGGCGCUUUGUUAUCAGCGUGUUUCCUUCCCUCCGCCCUCACCCUCGUCCACGGCGAAACUUUUUCCCCACGCGCAAUUUGCCGACGACAAUGCGCCCUGCCACGGGACUCGCCUGCAGGGCUUCGCGCCGAGGGUGUGUCUCCUCUCCCUUAUCGCACUCUCUUUCUUAACGCUGAACUCUCGCCUGCCGCAUUACACCGUACCACGUUGUCUUUCUCUUUCUCUCUCUCUCACUCUUUCUCCUUCAUUUCGAGCGUUACACUUGCUCGGUGUUUUCUGUGUUCCUCUUUCCUGUCUCCUGUAAUCAUAUACCCGGGGAAUAUCGCGCUGCCUAUUUCAGCCGGUCUGCCUUUUGUUUAAUAUGAGAAAAAUACAACGUCUAGAUGAAAGAGCUAGGUGUCGAAAGAGUGUCAAUGUAAUAACGCGUUCGUUCUCAUCAUCGCUUUUGUCUCUUUUGUACUACGAUAAAUGAACGACAGAUGGGAGAACAUUUUUAUCUUUCUUGCGAUACGUGUUUACGAAAAAAAAAUCUCUUCAAAGUUUUAUUUUAUAAUUGAAGCUGCACGUUUUCUUCGUAUAUUAUUUUCUUUCACUCACGUUAAUUUCAAACUAGAUGUAUUAUAUAUAUUUAUUAAAUAUCUAAAUUAUAUUUUAUAUAUGUUUUACAUGUACAUAUAUACAUAAAUAAAUUAUUAUUAGAAAAUUACGUCGCAUGAGAAUUCGAUGCAAUUGCAAGUGCGCCUGCAUCGAAAAUGCAUUUCUCGAUGGCACUUCACAACGAUCAAUUUUAACGACCGUAGAACGUAUCUUCCCAAAUCUUUCUGGCCCAUUUCCGCUCUUUCUCUCGGACGUAUCUGCAUAUGAAAAAUGUAUUUGCCCCGCUUUAUAUCCGUCUUCCGCUCGCGAAUAAAAAUGCGAAUCAUUUUUCGCUCGCUUAGUGCCCCUCGCGAACUCACAGGUAAAAUAUACACCAGGCACAUCGUCGCCUGCGCCAUUUUUUUUAUUUCCCUCUGCAACUCCUUUCUAGUUUCUUUGAUUGUCCGUCUUACGAGACCUGCGUUUGUUAUUUUCACCUCGGUCUAUUAUUGUUACGUAGGUUAUUUUUAUUUAACUACUGAAUAAUUCAUAAUUUUUUAGUUAAUUCCUUUUCUACUUAUAUUUUACUAAAAUUUCGUUGAAAUCAUUAUUUUAUUAUUUCGGUAUAUGAUAUUUGGUUGUAUUUUUACUAUUACCUGCACCCUAUACAUUAUUUACUUUAUUUGCGUCUCCCAUGUCACACUGUCCUACUUUAUCGCGUUUCUCAGCACGCUUACUUUUUGUAGGCGCGGCUAUAUCUUCCUUCCAAUAAGCUGAAUCUCUCAUUCUGCGAAUGUAGACGUUAUACACAUCGCUUUUUCGCAUAUGAUCGCGUCCGCUUCCAUUUCCGUCGAGAACGGAACUUCCGCGCUCAUCUCUCGACUUACUUCCGAUUUCGGCACACUUCUGCUCUUUACUCGCUUCCGCGACGGAAACGGACGGCGUAACUUUCUCCUCGCUUCCGGUCUCGUCGCGCUACGAACGAACAGCGUCGCGAAUCGACCCUUUUCUUUUCUCUCCCCGCGUCGGUCAGGUUGAUUACGCGUUGGAAGUUGUCGCAUCUUUCCGGGUCCUGGAUGUCUCACGGCACUAAACGUUUGGAUUUAAUUUUCGCUCCUCUCCCUCGAAUAGUCGCUGGCGCGGCACCAGCGCACUGCGGUUACCGCCGAAGAUUUGUUUUUCCAGCCUCUGCGAGCUCUGGCUCCUCUCGCUUCUCCCCGUCCUCCGAUGAGCUUUUGUCGCCCGGUCGUUUUACCUCCACUCGUUUGAUUUCGCGGUGUACCCUCCGCAGUUUCCUCCUCGUUUUGUAUUCUGCCUGGCCGUCCCUUUCUUUUCCCCCAGUUUCCAUUGCGUCGACAGAGAUCAAGUGGUCUCGGGUUAGCCCGCUCCGAAUCCGGGUUCAGUCGGGACCGUCGAGAAUAUCGUCAAGAGCACUAUUGGCGCUAGAUCCAGGGUGGUUUUAAGUUUUAGAUUCAGAUUGCCUUUGGACUGGACUCAGAAUGCUUUCCUCAAUCUUUUUUUUAUUGCAUAGAUAUCUCCUAAUCUUUCGAUUUUUCAAAUAAUUUUGAUAAAAAAUCAAAUAAUUUCUAUGAUUGCAAUAUUAGAUUUAUAUAAUGAAAGGGACAUUUUCCAAUUGUCAAUUUCGAAGAAAGACUUAAUGCGAGAAAGUAUGUUACUACUCCCGCUCUCUUUCUCUCGCGUUGAGAUCAGUACUUAAUGAUAUUAUUUUGCAUCUUUGUUUUACAGUUUUUACAUCUUACGAAAGAAUCAUUGCCGUUCUUUCUUUAUCUCUAUCGUAAUGUGCCAAUAUUUUUGUGGCGAUAAUAUUGAUCCUCUCUUUAUAUAGGCCCUCUCAACGUUGUCGUCCAUCUUCCUCCGUUGUCGUUCCGUCACGGGACUUGAUUCUCCUCCAGGUUGCUUCUCCUUUCUUCAAGGUUUUCAUUUCCAGAGCAGAGAUUAAAUGGUGAAACGACAACUACACGGACAAUCCGCCUUCGUGGGGGUUAUUGAGUCGCCAGGUCCCUCCUCUUUCUUUCGCUUCUCUGCCCGGCUUCCAUUUCCUACCUCUCUUUUGCAAUCGCUUUUGUUAUCCGUUACAGAUCCGUCGCCCGUGGAAAAAAAAUAACGAUGUCCGUUUAGUCGACGUUUUUUCCACCGCUGUCUCGCAGAUACAAAUGCCAAAGCUACAGAUACAAUCUUUCGUGUUAUCGGAGGAAGCAUUCGGAGAAUCUUACCAGACGAAUUUUAAUUUUAAAUUUGAACUCUAAUGAUUAUUCGCUACAAUUAUCUGUUAAUUUUUACAGACUACUAUUAUGUCAAGGUAACUCAUAGUAUAUCGCUUAUUCACUUUUUAGCAACCGUUAUGAUUUCUGGCAGCGAUAAAAAUAUAAUUAAACGUCGUUUGUUUAACGAGGGUGAACUUUUUUGACUCUACGGAAUGUCCGUGCGUCUUCGGUCACCUCUUUUUUUUUACCGUUUCACACGGUUUUUACUACCACAGUGAAGAUUAAGUGGUAGAACGGCGGCAACGGUGCAUUACCGGGCUUUCCUGCAUUCUCUCCUCUCUUUCUCUCUCUUUCUUGUUCCUUUCUCUCUUCUCUUUUACGUUUUGCUUCCUUAGCUGCCUUGGCCUUUUAUCCCCUUUUUCCUUUUCCCUCUUUCUCUAUUCCGCCAGUGUCGGAGGAAUCGCCUGAAAUCCAAGUGGUGAGCGCGAUAGGGGUGCGCGAUUUCUCCCGUCUACCUUUCCGCACCCCUCGCCUUCGUCUUACAUUCGUAUCCGAGGCCUGACAAAGCGCGAUUUCAUGGGAAACUUUGUAGACUCGUUAUGGAGGACUCGGGUUUCUCAAACGCGACACGGCUCUCUCUCUCUCUUCUACCCCUACUUAUUGUCGGCUGUUGCCAUUAUUAUCCUCGCUCUCCGCGCGAUACUCUGCUUAACGUAAUCUAUCACAGAGCUCGUAAUAAUCUACCAAAUACAAGAACGAUUUUUUAUUUGAAAGGAUUAAAUUACGAAAAUUACGCUUUGAAAGGAUUAUAUUAUCAUCCAUUGGAUCGAUCCUUCUGAUAUGAAUAUUAACGGACAUUAUAAUUCGAUAUCGAGGCAACUAUUGAGUUCUCUAGUUCCCUCAUAGUUUUUGCGAUUCACGGAAAACGCGAUAGUUUGGAAUAUCCUUUACACCGUUCGCUGCGACUAAUUUGUAUAAUAUCCAUACCGAAACGGCCGCAAUUCAUUGGUUUCGAUUAUAAUGUCGACAACGUUAAUUACAGCGAAAUAACAGGCACUGUGGGCUUUCAUGAUCGGCUGAUUUCAAAGGCUCGCCGGGUAUUUCAAUAAUCCACCACUCCUUCCUCUCUCUCUCUCUACCUCCCUCUCGCUCGUUUGCUCGCUCUCGGCCUCUCCUCUUUGAUUGUCCAGACGCGCUAAUCACGACUCGCGAAUUCUAUUAUUAAUCACAGUACGCGUCGGCGCAGUUUAAUUGCAAAAUUCAAAACUGACAUUACCAGAACAAGGCCCAGUGCCGGAACCAAUCAAUCACGCUUAGUGCGUUCGCGUUUCGUACCGUUCGGCCUCUCUGAUUUUGCGGCUCGCACGUUAACAGACUCCCCCUCUCCUACGUUUUCUCCUCAACCCGCGUUAUAUCGUUUCCGUUCGCCUCUAUCUCGCGAAGUGUCCCUCGCUCGCGUGCCUAUGCGAUUUUUCCGCUUUCCCCAGCGCGCACCAUCCACCAGUGCCACCUAGAUACGUCUUCCCCGAUGUGCGAACACGCGUGUAUGUUUGAUGAGUCGGUUGCCGCGACAUGACACACUGCAUAAUUCAUCCGCAUGCGCCAUUUGCGCGACGGUCAGACGGCUUGACGUACUGGUUGAAUUUUGAUUCACCGUCAAGCCCGGAGACUCGUUGGUAAGGGGGAGGGGGAUGGUGAAGAAGACAUUCCGUGACACGAUGUCUCCAGGCGAAACUCGAUUUCCGAUUCUGCGGACCGUGUCGCCGAAUUUAAGACAUGCGUUUCCACUUUUCGCAUUCCUGAAUGCUAUUUUAAUACAAGAGGAAGCGUUACGUGCCGUCGACAAAGUCGAUAAACAAAUGCUUAAAUUUUCUCUCUCUUUCUCUCUCUUUUUCUCUUUCUUUUAGCUAGCGGAGAAUUUUUUAAACUGAAAUACUUAAAACUGGACGACCGUCACACUGACGAGAUUCGAUUUGCCUUCGCCAUCUUGAACUUGGCCAUUAAAAGGACAAUGACUUUGACACGACGCGCGGCGGCUGCGACAUCCCCGUAUCCAAUAAAUCCCGGGUAGUUCGCGAUCCUACGCUCGCGUUCGUUACUCGCCCCGUUCUCAAACGUUGUUGAAUCUUAUGCGACGAGUUAUCGCGCUAUUCUAGUCGCGAAAACAUCCCGCAAUGUGUUGCGCGGAUUACGCUGGUAAAAUUAUAUUUCCUUCUCUUUACUCUUUUUUCUUUACUGCUUUAUUAAAAAAAUUAAAGUCACAGGUUCGAUCUGAAUGAGACAGUAUUUUUUAGCAACAGAAUUAUUUUUAUAAUAUCACAUUUAAAGAGGGAAUGGAAGAUAAUUAUUAGCGUCAUUAUUAUUAAAUUAAUUAUCAAUUAAAAUUAUUUAUUUAAAUUGUUUUUGUAUUGUAAUUGUAUACCUUAAUUAAGAUUUUUUUUACAUAAAUCGGUGACAAUUCUAUACAUUUUUUUUCUACAGAAAAGAUUAUUUCAUAUUUCUUUUGCGUAACAAUAUGUAUGUUAUACAUUAAUACAUUUAAGGAAACUAAAAAGAAUAUUACAACUAUAAGUUUUUUUAAUAGUUAAUAUUUAUAUAAUAUUAAAAGUACUGAAAUUAUUUUUGUUUAAUACAAGAAAGAUAUUUUUUGAAACAAAGUAGUUUGAAACAAGUGUAGAAGAAAGUCACCAAUACUAGUAUACCAUUUAGAUAAUUUUUCUUUAUCAAAAGCUUAAAAUUAAAUUUUAAAAAUAUACAUUUAAAUCAUACACAAAAUAUCUUUUACUAAAUGGUAUAGUAGUUUUUAAUAUCUAUUAAUUUAGAAAUAAAACAUUAAAUGCCAAUACGAUUCUCCGGAAUUAUCAGACCGAAAAUAUUAGAGACAUUAAAUAAUUUUUUUCAAAUAACAGAUGUAAUUAAAUUAAUUACAUAAACUAGUUAUUUCAAUUCUGGAUUUAGAUUCUCUUGAGGAUAACAAAUUGAAAUUCAGUACUACACAAAAAAAAUUAAAAAGUGUAGCUACGAUUGUUGCGCUAUGUUUCUGCCUAGAUUUUGGAGGUUACGUUUAGUUAAUUUUAUUAAAUGUGGGGCUCAUACCGUAAAUUAUGCAACACUGCAAUUUUAAUACCAAGCGCCGCCUUUAUGCUUUAAGCGUGAUCCAGUGUUAGUAAGGCGACACUAGCAGUCAGUCGUUCGAAGCAAUACGUGAUAAUGCACGCGAUCAGCCAAGAUUGUAAUUUCAGUUAAAUAAAUAUAUAUAUCUGUGCGAAAGUUCAAGAACAACAGACUUCAGUAAUUUUUUGUAAGCCUAACGUUUCAUCAACGUUUAUGGGGAGGGGCAGCUAAUGGCACACAAUCUGUAUCGUCGAAACCUUCCGGUAAGGAUAAGUUCCGCUAUUUCGAUUUUUUGGUGGGAGGUUGAAUAAAUGAAACGUUUGAUUGAGCUCAGGGACAAACCUUUAUUGCUCGUAGGGGAAAAGCCUUACGGCAUAAAAACCCCUCAGUGAUUAUACGAGUUAGUAAUGCUUCGACUACUCGUAUCGUUAUAACGUUCGUAUUAUAAUUCGUAUUAUACGCGGGUACGCGGGGCCCCGGUACGCGAGUCAGACUCGCUACACUGCAACUGCGGGAUAACCCUGACAGUUGGUGAAUUGUCUUAUGAUAAACGUUCGAAGGUUAUAUAAAUGUAUAUACUAAAACAAUUACACGAAUAAUCGCACUGACUUUAGACUAAAUACGUGACCGUACUAGACGAGAUCUCGCACAGAAGUGAGUAUCCUUUUCGCUGACCCUACGUAACCCGCUACCCCUACCUUGUAAGGUAGGCGGUCAUAGAUUCACGGUCAUUCGUUGUUUUACACCGUGGGCGGUCACAAGUUGCAUCAUCUUGUCUAACAUCCCCACUUCACGCUACGGGAACUUCUCGCUUGUUCUGGAAUUUUCUAAAUCUGUUCUACGGAACACAAUCUAAUAUUGCACAAGUGUAGAAGUAAUACGUCCUUACAUGAAAUAUUCUGCGUCGGUACAUUAAAUAUUAUAGGGAAAAUUCACGUGUAAAAGUGUUUUGCUUGCAAAAAACUUAUAUGUUCUACAAAGUAUUCCAUACAGAGAGGAGCUUUAAUGUAAUCAGCAAAACGUAUCGAUCAGCAAGAAAAUAAGAGACGAAAAUGGUGAAGAUCCAUAUGCCGGACGACAAUUCACUGUCGAUAGAACACACUUUACAACCUAUAGUGUACACCUCUUGGUUUCUGGGCGUUGGCGUUGCACAUCCACGAAAAUAUCGCAAGAUUAUAACGAUAAUCAUACGUAUCGUUCACUUCGUCAUAUGUACACUUACUCUGACACUUUUUUCCCUUAAUGUUUUUGACCACGAUAAAUUUCAUUAUGAUGAAUUCAGUUAUAUCGUAGAAACAAUAAUAUAUUACGUGUCGGCAUAUUACUACAUUUAUCACGGAAUUAGGCACUAUGACAAGUGGCCGGAGCUAAUGGACAAAAUAAAGGACCUCGAUCAAAAGAUCAAAAGGGAAACGCACAUUAAUGAACGGCAUUUAAAGAACCUGGAAGUAGUAGCUAUUACGGCGACUUUUGUGUGCUGCACUUUAUUGCCGACUGUUUACAAUCUGUAUAACUUUUUAUAUUUAAAUGACAUUGUAGUUCAAGAAUUGUUGGCUUACUACAUGUUAGCUCAGUCGUUGAUCAACAGCUUUGUUUUUGACGUUGUCGUCUACAUAUUGUAUUACAGAUACCAAAUGAUAAAUAAGUUGUUGGGUCAGUUGGAUGAGCUGUCUGAUACGCCAGGACGGAUCGCGCUCAAGAUUAAACGCAUCAGACAGUUGCACUGCGAUAUUUGUGAUCUUGUCGUCAUGGUAAACAGUAUCCAUGGCCUUCAUCUUCUCUUUGUCUCGAUAAACUGCUUCAGCAGCGUUUCGACAGCAACGUUUUUUAUCUACAGCAAUUAUUACAAGAUAAGUUAUACUGUGUUAAAAGGUAUUUUCUUUUUGACUAUGUAUACCACACAAUUUGGUCUGAUGUGUUGGAUUUGCACACUCGCUCGUCAGGAGUUUGACAAGACCGGGGCAAUUAUAAGUACGAUUCUAUUAAAAUGCAAAUCUGUGAAUCUCGAUAAACUAAAUGGGACAAGGAAUCAAUUGAAUCUGAAGGUGCGACUGCCAAUGAAAGGCUCAGGCACCCAGCAAAGAUCUUAUUCGUGUAGCAAUCUGAAUUAUACCGUCGAAGAAAAUUUCUUGCGCAAGUAUCUGAAUCGAGAAUGGUCGAGUCAAAACCUGGACUGUGUCAGAAACGAGAUCAAUGAUUUUAAUAUUCAACUGCAACAUCGUCGUGUAGCAUUUAUCGCUUGCAAUUUCUUCGAAAUUAAUAACUCUCUAUUCAAUAAAUUUAUUGGAGUGAUUACUGCUUCUGUAGCUCUAAUGAUAAAUGUGCACUAAUGAUGGAGUACACUCUACUGUACUUUUAAACUUAGUUUUAAUCAAGUA